AUGGAGGAGAAUUAUCGUUGGUAUCUAUAUAAAGAAUUACUUGGUCUCAAUUAUGAGAUUAUUAAUGAUGAUCUGGAAAAUGGGGAAAAUAAAGAAAUGGAGAGAAGAAGCAACAGCGAAGACAUUAAUCUCGAAAUUAGACUGGCAAAAUCACUAUUAUUUAACAAAUUAGUUACAUAUGAGGAAACCUUGAUAUUAACUUUGCGUCACGCUAAUAAUGAUGAAGUAUUAAAAAUAGUAGAACAAUUAAUUGGGAAUAUUAAAUAUUAUAUUUAUAUGACAUUGCCUCAUAUGUGCUCCCUAAAUAUUUUGGUUGAAGCCAUAAACUUAUUUAAAAACAAAAUAUUUGAUUUGGUCGUAAAAGGAGAUUGGGAUAAAAUAAUAGCUUUAUUAGGGAAUAGUAUAACAAUGAAAGACUUAAAUGAUGACGAUGAGCUUAGACAAAGGAUAAGACAAUACAGAGAAAUUCUUAUAGAAGAGCAUGUCAGAUAUUUAUCUGAUAAAAUUGAAAAGGAUCCGGAAUUGAAAAAAAGAUUGACGAAUGAGCUUGGCCAUAAAAUUAGGAUAUACUAUUUGUUAGACGAUGAUAAAGAAUAUAGAAAAUUUUGUGAUAAGUAUGGACUUAUUGACUACAAAAGUAUGUUAAUCUUAAUUCGAGAUUAUCAGUUAUGGUUUUCGCUGUCCGAAAGUACAAAAAGUCUAGCAACUCGAUUAAAAAAGCUUAUAAUAUUUGACUCAAUUUAG